CAGUUAAAAUAACUGCCAAUCUCACCUCCCCUUCUGUAUUGCUUAAACCUCAAAAACCCUAGUUCGAGGUCUUGGAUUUCUUUUUAUUUGUCUGAAACUUGAGUUGAACACCUCCUCAAUUGCCUUUAGAUUUUAUCCAGUUUAGCGGUUCCACAGUAGUUUGUUGGAAAACCAGGCAGAAGAAGGUUUACAAUGGUGAAACCUAAAUCCCAAUCCAAAAAGCCCCAGAAACGCGGGGUGGACUUCAAAAAAAUUAGGCGGAAAAUCGGCAGGAAAUUGCCGCCCCCAAAGAAUGCAACAAACACUGAAAUAAAAUCGAAAGCGAUUGUUCUUCCAGAGCAAAGUAUAGCGUCUGAAAAAGCUGGUUUAGCAGUAAGCAAAAAGGGAUUGACACUCAAGGAGCUUCUUCAGCAGACAAGCCAUCACAAUAUACAUGUCCGAAAAGAUGCGCUGCUAGGUAUCAGAGAUAUAUUGCUUAAGCAUCCAGCUGAGCUGAAGUUGCAUAAACUUGCUAUUAUAGAGAAACUGCGUGAGCGAAUUGGUGAUGAUGACAAGUUGGUUCGUGAGCUGCUGUAUCAACUGUUCAAGUCAGUAAUUUUCCCUGGCUGCGCAAAGGAUAACCAAGGACCAUUAGUUUCCCUGAUGAUGGCAUAUAUUUUUAGUGCUAUGACCCAUUUAGCAAUUGAUGUGCGUUUGAUGGCUUUCAAAUUUUUCGACCUUGUUGUCCAGUUUUACCCCCCUUCAUUUUCCUUGUAUGCUGAAAAGAUUCUCCAAAACUAUGAAGACAUGUUACGGAAGAACAAAUUUUUAGAGGAGAAGAGCAAAUUAAAGAGCACUCUAGCUGGAUUGAUUCGUUGCUUAUCACUGUUGCCAUCUAAUGAGAGAGAAGAUCACUCGGCAGUUAAAAAUGAUAUUCCAACUCCUGACGUUCUUCAUGCUUUUGAGCCUGAGGUUGCUAGAGAACCUAUUGGGCUUACUGACAUUUCCAAGAAAUUGAAGGAUCUUUUGCCCAUUCUUGUCGGUUGCUUCCAGGAUUUCAUGCCAUUGGUUGACAGUACCCCCCAACCGGAUCUGCAAUCAUGUGAUUGUAUGCAAUUUAUUCUUCAGAGCAUAGAUCUCAUAGUUGGGUUUUUGGUUAGCGGGACUUAUGGAAGUGAACCAGAUCCACAAGUUCUUCCACCUUGUCAGAAGCCUGAUAUUACCACAUAUGAUCAAUUUCUAUCACCAAUGUUGUUAAAGAAAUUAUGGGAUGUUUUUCCCCUCCACCUGGUUCAUCUCUCUGGGAAGGAUGAAGAUCGAAUCUUCAUGCUAAAUACUGUAAUUGCCAAAAUAUUUUUGCAGUUGAGGAACUGGGACUGCUCUUCCUUUGCUUUGUUGGAAAAGUUCCUGGAAUUCGUUGAAGGUUCACUGUCUAUAAAGAUACAAUCGGGUAAAGUGUUUCAUGAAAAACAUUUGCUUCCAGUCAUACCAUACAUUCCAAAAUUAACAAUGCAAAUUAGUGGUGACUGGAGGUCUCGUAUUCUUCAGGCUUUCACUGUGGUCUUCAAGAACUGUACUCCAGACUCUUCAAUGAAAUUAGCUUGCCUUUCUGCAAUUGAAGAAAUGCUUGCUCCUGAAAGGAGCUGGCUUUAUCUCCAUCCAAGUGAUCCUGCAUUAGUAGAAUAUCAGAUUGCUUGGAUACAGGAUCUUCCUUUAUUGCUGUUAUUGUUGGACGACAAAAACCCAUUAUGUUCCAAGGCUGUGUUGCGCCUUCUACUUCUUGUGGGACAAGCUACUCCAGCUGACUCUCCAUUAUCUCAGGAAUUUGAUACUUUGCAGUGCAGUUUUGGAGGUUUUUUUAGCAGACAAAAUGAGAAUGGCAUAUGCUAUGGUCCAUUCGUGAGGCUCGCAGCAGAUAUUCAGGAGCUUGCCAUCUGUUGCCUUUAUUAUUUCUCUUUCAUGGACUCCCAGUUUCUGCAGUCACUAAUCUCAUGUUGCUUAUGUGAUGAUCUCGAGCCAUAUUUGGUUCUCCGUAUCUUAGAAGUUCUGCACUCCGCCUUUAGAGCUGGACAUAUCCAAUUUCCAGAUUACACAAGUUUCCAUGUGACCUUACUCUCACGCUUCCAUGUUUAUCCUGAGAACAUCGGUCCUGCUGUGAAGGAUGAUGGGAAGUCUAAUCAAAAGACAUUUAAAUAUGUUACCAGCAUUGUCUGCUCAUUUUUGUCACAGAUUGGCGAUGAUUCUCUUGUUUUCCAGAUGCUGGAGAAGAUGAUUGUCGAUCAGAUAUGUGGCGAAACACUGAUGGACAAUAAGUGUGCUCUUCUGAGAUUGCUCAUCACACUAGACUCAAGACCAACUAGACUUACUGAUCAGAGUAUUGUCAAAAUAAGCCAUGUCCUUCCACAAUACUUGACCGACAUUGUUUCAAAUGUUCGGGAAGGUGAUCAUGAAGAAAAAAGAAGACGAUAUUACCUAUUACCUUCCUUUUAUCUGUUUCAACGUAGCAAAAGACUACUAAAUCUUGUGUUAAAUGUGAUGGGAUCUUGGGUUUCUAAGGUUAGUUCCUCACUUGGUACCCAUCAUCAUUAUCCCUCAGUUGAUCGUUCAACUAUGGUAUGUUCCAUCUGCUCCGUACUCCUCCACAUGUAUAAAGAUGUCAAGAUCCAACAAAUUCUGUUGACGUGCGAGAUUGAAAUAGGGACUAUGCUACAGAAUCUGCUCAGUUUACUGUCUUCCGAAGGGACAAACUUGACCUUGGAGGAAAGGCACAAAAUUCAGACUGCAUAUGAUCGGUUGAGAGCUAUUACAAAUAAUGAUGUGGUGGGACACCCAUAACUUGCGAGGAAUUACCAAGUAUGUUGUCUUUCUUAUCCUCACUUGUGUCCUGGAUUUGGCCGUUCAAUAUUGUAUAUAUAUUGUGAAAAUGGUGGAUAUUGUCGCUGUUUUGGCUGCAUCCUGUUUUGUAGAAGUAUGUUGGACACCUUAGUCAAUCAAAGAUCAAUGAUUCUAAUGUUAACCAGAGAAGUAUUGGAGCUGCACGCAUGGAGAAUAGUUCACUGCUGGAGGCUGUGGUUACUAUAGCUAUUUUUGGCAAGGGAAGGGCUCUGGAAGUACAUCUCAAGUUUGCCUUGUUAGAGUAUGUCGUUGCCUUGUCCAUGCUAAUUUUUGGACUCCUGUUUUGCUUAAGAACUUUCAGAGUCAACAUGGAGAAUGUGCGUUCUAUGGCAUAUGCAAUUGCUGGCUUCCAAACGGUUGUCUGUUCUUUGUGAGCAAAAAAAUUGCAGCGACAAUUAGACAUGUGCUGGCUUGUUCUGCAUCUGCAUUUGUUUUCUUUAGCCGGGGAUUGGCCAUCUCCCAAGUGAUUCUGGUGUAGGGGACAAAACAAGCAGAAAAAGAAGAAAUUUGUAGAUUCGAUCAGAGAUUUGGAAGGGGCAGACGUUGAUUUCAUUGAACAGAUGAAAAUCACUUAACCAGGGUGAUAGAAAAUGUAGUGGAUAGCUAAAAGCUGACGUGACAUUGUAAUUAUUAGAGCAGAGAAACCCAAUUUUGUUCAAAAUGACUGGUGUACUGACUACUAAACACUUUUUCCUUCUUUUUAUUCAGCUUUCUUCUUCGUUUC